GCCGAGGGGAGGGGCGAGGGGCGAGGCACUGGGCGCCGGUGAAAACCUGUUUGUUCUCCUGCGGGUGGAGCCCAGUCCGCGCCUUCUCGCUGCCCUGCGCGCUGUCCGCUGCCCUCGGCGCCCGCCGCCCCGCACCCGCCGCCCCGGCCCGGCUCGGCCCGGCUGGGCGCUGUCCACCUGAGGGAGCCCGCGCCCCGUGCCCACCCUAUCCUCUGCCCGCCCCGCGAGCCGGGCACCUGCCAGGAGCCCUGUCGAAUCAACUGAGAAGGGAUCUGCAGAGCAAACACCAUGAGUAUCUCGGCUCUUGGAAGCAGCACUAAAGGGAAGCCCCUACCACCAGGUGAGGAAGAACGCAAUAAUGUCCUCAAACAGAUGAAGGUUCGAACCACACUGAAGGGGGACAAGAGCUGGAUCACCAAGCAGGCUGAAUCGGAGGGCCACACUCUAGAGCUGCCCUCUGGUCGGAGUCGUGCCACAUCUUUUUCAUCAGCUGGGGAAGUCCCGAAGGCCAGGCCUCCAAGCACGAGGGCUCCCACUGGCUAUAUCAUCCGGGGAGUGUUCACCAAGCCCAUAGACAGCUCGUGUCAGCCCCAGCAGCACUUCCCCAAGGCCAACGGAGCUCCAAAAAGUGCUACCGGUCUACUGAGAGCAGCUCCUACUGGGCCUCCCCGCCCCUCCUCCUCUGGCUAUAAGAUGACCACUGAGGAUUACAAGAAGCUGGCACCCUACAAUGUCAGGCGCAGCUCAGCAUCAGGGGCUGCUGAAGAGGAGGAGGUGCCCUUCUCGUCUGACGAGCAGAAACGGAGGUCAGAGGCUGCAAGCAGUGUGGUGAGGAAGACAGCUCCCCGGGAGCACUCCUAUGUUCUGUCAGCAGCCAAGAAGAGCACCAGCAGCCCUACCCAGGAGAUGCAGGCCCCAUUCAUGGCGAAGAGGGUUGAGGUGGUGGAUGAGGACAGGCCUUCUGAGAAGAGCCGAGACCCACCUAUUCUAGCAAGAUCCCCUCCUGGCUCAAACAGUUCUUCCCCAGGCUCCAAAGACAAAGAGGCUCCCAGCCCUAGAGAGGCCAAGAGAGACUUGUUUGGUGAGGAGGCCCGCAAGAGCCGCAGUCCAGACUCUGAAAGGUCAAGCACACAAUCAAGCGAUGGCAAUGUGGGACCCAGAGCCAUGAGCUUCCUACCUGAAGGCUUGACUGGAGCAGACAUUGGCUCUGGCAGAGGAGGCUCCAGUGCCACUCUGGCCUCUGCUGGACCAGCUGACUGGAAGAGUGACAGUCCAGCAGACCUGGAUGACAGGUCGGCACACCUGAAGGGCACCUUGCCUGGUUCUGAAGAGAAGAAUGUGGCUGCCAAGGUGGGAGAGAUCUGGCAGGAGAAGCCCACAGCCCUGAGAGGUGGCCAGGGAGACCCAGCUGUACCCUCCCAGCAGCCUGCAGCCCCCAGGACCCCAGAGCCACAGAGCAGCCCCAGAAGACCUGAGCAGCUUGUGGAACUGGACAGCCAGGCCACCAGCACCUUGGCUGGCUCUGAAGAGAAGAAUGUGGCUGCCAAGGUGGGAGAGACCUUGCAGGAGAAGCCCACAGCCCUGAGAGGUGGCCAGGGAGACCCAGCUGUACCCUCCCAGCAGCCUGCAGCCCCCAGGACCCCAGAGCCACAGAGCAGCCCCAGAAGACCUGAGCAGCUUGUGGAACUGGACAGCCAGGCCACCAGAGUGAGAAACCCCUCGAGUUGUAUGGUCACUGUUACCGUCGCUGCCUCUACUGAGCAGCCUCAUGUUUACAUCCCAGCCUCCCCAAGUGAAUUGGACUCCAGUUCAAUCAGCAAAGGGAUUCUCUUUGUGAAGGAAUACAUGAAUGCUAGUGAGGUAUCCUCCGGGAAGCCAGUGUCUUCAUGCUACAGCAGUAUUAGAUGCACUGAGGACUCAUGUGACGUGGAGAAGAAACCUGCAUGUGACAGCUCUUUGUACUCUAAGAGAACAAGUGGAAGGAUCUGUACUUACUGCAACCAGGAGAUCAGAGACUGUCCAAAGAUUACUCUAGAGCAUCUUGGCAUCUGCUGCCAUGACUACUGCUUUAAGUGUGGGAUUUGCAGUAAACCAAUGGGUGAGCUCCUGGAUCAGAUCUUCAUUCACCGUGACACCAUCCAUUGUGGGAAAUGCUAUGAGAAGCUCUUCUAGUUCUUCCAGGCUGAGAAGAAGCUGAUGACUCCUGGACAAGUUUGGCUAUCCCCAGUUGCCCCAAGUUGCUGGCUUCUCUUCCCUUACUUCAUCCCUCCCCAUUUGAUUUCUUCAUGCUUUUGCCCCUCUCAAGCUGAACUGCUUACAUCCAGUAGAGUAUCUUAAUGAUGCUAUGAUAAUUACUUGUGUUUGUAGCUUUUUAUAACUUAGAAAGCACUUUAUGUCCAUGAUCUUAUUUCAGGCUCAAGAAAAAAGGAUUGAACAAGAAUUUAAUCUUAGCUUUCCUAAGACAGGUUGGCCUCCUGAUGAGUUUAGGUGGCCUGGUACAAUAAGCAGGACCAUGGGUUUCAGUGUGUCUUGACUUUUGGGACAGAGAGCAAACCCACAUUCUAAGUGUACCUUUGGGACUUGAAAGCGGGAGAUGCCCUAAAGCUUCUGAGGAGCCAGGUUGAAGACUUGAUGAUGUCUGGUGGGUAAAUUGCAGACAUUGAAUGCUAGGGAUUGGCAUAGGCUAAUAUUUGGAUUGUAUUUUAACUUUCCAUACACAUUUAAAAGUAGUUGGUUGCUUUUGAUUGAAUUAUAUAGCAGAUUUUAAUUAUCUUCUCUUUCCCACUUUUCACUAUAAUUGAGGUUGGUUUUUUUUUUUUCCUGCAGGCAUGUGGGCAUGUAUUAGAAAGUCACACAGUUAAGUUUAAAUUCUAUAGGAUGUGAUUCUUAGGAGGCCACCGACCAAAGAAACAUCUGUGUCUGCAUUUUGAUAGUUGAUUAAUACCUUUGCCCUCAAUUCCCAAUAGUUACAGGAAAAUCUUCUAAAGUAGGUUUUAGGGUGUAUAGACUCCAGCAGGAUUAAAAGGGGAGAAAAGCAGUUAACAUUUCUCAAGGCCUUACUACGUAUCAGGCAUUAUCACAAAGUGAUGGCAUUCAUUCCUAUACCAGUCCUAUGCAGAGGGUAUUCUUGUCCCCAGUUUACAGAUGAAGAUCUUGAGGCUCAGAAGGUGGUCAUUGCAUUAUGUGGAAUCAUUGCUGUCUCUCUCCAGAACCCGUGUUCUCUUCAGUAACAGUAACCACAAUACCAAGCACUGUGCGGAGGUUACCUCAUUUUACCAGGUAACACUGCCCUCCUCAGGCCUCCCCUGAGGCAUACUCUUCUUACAAAGAGAUGAAAGUAUUAAAUCAUGCUUCUCCUCUGGGCAUCCUAGGUCUCCCUAUAAAGUACCACAAAUGCCAACUGACCGCCUUCCCUCUCCUCCCCUUUCCAUGAAAACAAUUCUGAACUAAGAUGCUCUGCUGAACUCAGAUUUCUCUGCUGGGUAGAGAUUUGACUCACAGACCUUCCCAAAGAAGAGCUUGUCAACCCAGGGAAACCCCAGGAGGCUAGCUGAUCUGAGUCCAGGGCCUUCAGUAACUUAUUUUUCGCUACAGACUGCCCCAAGAUAGCAGCAACUACUGGGGUCCCAAGUACCUGGAACACAGAAACCUGUUGGCUGCCUAAACAGAUUGCAGGCCCAUCCAUGCAGUCAGCUGAUACUCUGCUCAGGUUCGACUAAGCUCCUCUGCCUUUGGGACCAGCAUCACUGUGUAAGGUCCUUGAGAGAAAGAACAACCUGAGAGUUUUUCUGAUGAAAAAAUGAGGGUCUCUUCUGUUGAUUUAAUUAGAAAAUGUCUCCAUCUCUCUCCAGUUUGUGAGUCCUGUGCACUCUGGGUGGUGGAUUUGUCUUCCCACCAAAUGAUCAGAGAGGAACACUCCCAUUUAUUUGCAUAGAUGUGCAUUAGAUUUGCUCUGGAGGGGAAAAGUGGUAAAAUAUGUCAUGUACCAAAACUAAAUAUGAGCUGGUAUUCCUCAAGUAUAGCCCACAGCAUGGAACUCAGCACAUGGGAGGCACGGAUACAUAGGUAUCAAUAUCUGCUGAAUAAAUGAGUAAAAGGGAAAAAAAGGCUGCUCCUUAGUGUGAGAGGUACCAACCCUGAAUCAGUAUAGGCCCAGUUGAUGGAGUACAGGAUAAAGAGGUCCAAGAUAGGCUGACUUCUCCACCUUUAAGAUACACUCUGCCUUUAAAGGGGUUUUAGAAUCAAUAUGCAAGAAAUUGAUAGAAAGCUUGUAAGAUUAGUAUUGAUUUCUAUUCAGAACAGCCUCUUUCAUGUCUAAAAAGGCACAGAAUUCUGCAGACUUAAGAGAGGUGGUUGCAUUAUACUUUUGCUUCUUUUUAAUUGUCUAGUUUUUUAAUCACAUUUGCUUAAUCCAGAUUAAUGUACACAAUUAUAAUAAAUGUUGAAGUAUUAGAUGUGUCAAUGUUGUCAAUGUUAAGGUUUCCUUUUUUAAAGUGUAAUAACUUGGUGUAUUUGCCCGUGUAAUUUAUUUUCUCCUAUUACCUGAAGCCACUCUUUUUUU